AUGGCUCCUCCUCGUUGCACCGCACCACCACCACCACCACCACCAAUCGCCCGCGAAACCGUCAAGGCGGCGACGCACAAGGGGCGUCUUUUGCACAGGUCCCUGGCCAAUCCUCCGCACAUGGUGGCAUCCGCUCUCGGGAGCACCUUGCACCUCGCCAAUGGCCGGACUGUGAUUGACGCCUGCGGUGGUGCCGCCGUGGCAAUCAUCGGCCACGGCAACCAAGAGGUCCUGGAUGCCGUCGUCGCGCAGGCCCAGAAAGUCAGCUACGUCCAUACGCAGUCGUACAGCACGCCCGUAGCCGAAGAGCUGGCCGACUUGGUUCUCGACGGGAAGCCUCAUGGGCUCGAGAAGGCGCUCUUCCUCGGCAGCGGCAGCGAAGUCACGGAGGCGGCGUUGAAGCUGGCGCGCCAAUACCACUUUGAGCGCAAUGAAGCGCGCCGGGUGCACCUUGUCUCCCGGAAGCAGAGCUACCACGGGAACACUAUGGCCUCCAUGUCGGUGUCGCAUAAUCUGGCGAGGAAGAGGCCCUACGAGGGAUUCGAGUAUCCGCACGUGUCGCACGUCACGCCGCCGUACGCGUACCGGUACAAGCUGGACGGCGAGACGGACGGGCAGUUUACGGCGCGUCUUCUGCGGGAGCUGGAGGGCGAGUUUCUGAGGGUCGGCCCCGAGACGGUGGUUGCUUUUAUUUGUGAGCCGAUUAUUGGCGCCACCGCCGGCUGUGUCGUUCCGCCGGCCGGAUAUCUCGCGGGUGUGCGAAGCAUCUGCGACAAGUACGGCAUCCUCCUGAUCUUGGACGAAGUCAUGUGUGGUACAGGGAGGACGGGCACAUUCUUUGCGUUUGAGCAGGAGCACGUCGUGCCGGAUAUCGUCACCGUCGCCAAGGGUCUGGGUGGUGGCUAUGCUGCCAUUGCGGCUUUGUAUGUGCACGGCAGGAUCAUCGACACCCUUCGACAGGGAAGCCAGGCCGUCAUCCAUGGCCACACAUACCAAGCUCACCCGGUGUCCUGUGCUGCCGCCUUGGCCGUGCAAAAGAUCCUGAAGAGAGGCGGCCUUGUCGAGAGGUGCCGGGAUAUGGGUGUUGUUCUGGAGAGAUUGCUUCGGCGGGAGCUAGCCGAGUGCAGGUCUGUGGGCGACAUCCGGGGCCGCGGCUUGUUCUGGGCCGUCGAGUUCGUCAAGGAUGCCGUCACAAAGGAGUGUUUUGAUCCCUUGAUCGGCUUCGGCGCCAAGGUGACGCAGAUCUGUCUUGAAAAGGGCGUUGCUGUGUAUCCGGGUUCUGGGACCGUGGAUGGGUUGAAGGGCGAUCAUGUGUUGUUGGCGCCGCCCUACACGGUGACGGAGGAGGAGUUGGUGACGGUAUGCCGGACGUUGAGGGAAUCUAUUUUGUCUCAAGAGGCCCGGUAUUUGUAUGCCAGGGCAAAUUCUUCAAGCCCAUGA